CCAUGACUCAUGACUGUCCCCAUAAAAGAGCGAGAGGACUCGACACUCCCGAGCAGAAGUGGCAGAGGGAAGGGAUGAAUGGAUCGUCUGUCCGUGCGCGUGUGCGGUCCCUCGGCUGCAGGGGUCCGGAUGUCAGAGCGCAGGGUGGGCUGCUGGCUCAGUGACAAGAAGCGCAGGAGGAUGAACCUAGACGCGUUCAUACGGUUCUGUGCACACCAUGGAGUGGAAGUGGUAAAGAUUGAUCUCACUCAGCCCCUGGGCCCUCAGGGACCCUUUGACAUCAUCCUUCACAAGCUGUCUGACGUAAUUGUGGAAGCUGAGCACGAUAGCCAAUCACAGCAGCUCCUUGAUAACUUUCAGAGUUAUGUUUCAGCUCAUCCUGACACAGUGCUGCUGGAUCCCCUGCCUGCCAUGGCUAAACUAUUAGACCGCUUUAUCUCGGGUCGGAUAAUGAGCCAACUGAACAGUUCACUCCGAGACUGGCGUAUCUGCAGUCCCCCAUGCCUCGAGGUCCACAGUGGCAGUGACCUGUCAUCCAUUCAGCAGGCUGUGAUAAGACAGGGCCUAACAUUUCCUCUCAUUUGUAAAACCAGAGUGGCACACGGCUCAUAUUCACAUGAGAUGUGUCUGCUCUUCAGUGCAGCCAGUCUGGCUGAUAUCCAUCCCCCCUGUGUGCUUCAGAGUUUUGUGAACCACGGAGCCGUUUUGUACAAAGUGUUUGUGGUAGGAGACAAGCACUGCUGCGUAGAGAGACCCUCUAUCAAGAACUUUCCCUCCGGCCCCUGUGACAGGAAGACCAUCUUCUUCAACAGCCAAAAGGUGUCCAAACCAGAGUCGAACUCUAAUCUCACGUCUGUGGAUGAACAUAUGGUGGACCCGCCUUCUCCCAGCUCAGAUGCUGUGGCCGCCCUCGUCAAGGAGCUCCGAGCUCAGCUCGGCAUGGCCCUGUUUGGCGUGGAUGUCAUCGUCAACAUAGGAACGCACGCGCUCACCGUCAUCGACAUCAACAUUUUCCCAGGCUACGAGGGCAUGCCUCAGUUUUUCUCCUCUCUGCUCAGCCACAUCCAGUCAGUGUUGGACAAACACGCCGCUGCUGGUUCACACACUACAGGUGGUUCCUCUGAGGAAACAGUGGGUGUUUGUCACCCCAGGAGUUGAUCACGGAUAAGCAAAACUUGAUCCCGAACUUUAUCCUCUUCAAAACACACUAAUUACUUUGAC